CAUCACUGUCUUUGUCUAAGACAGUGAUGUUGAUCACCGCUUUUGUCCAAAGCAGUGAAGCAGCGGGGUACGCAUCACCGCCUUGGACAAAAGCGGGGAAUGCAUCAUCGCUGUGGUCAAAAGCGGUGAUACGUUCCCCGCUUUGGACAUCAACAGUGAAGCCAUCACCGCUGUUGUCCACAGCAGUGAUUGCCCCCACGUUUUACACAGCCCUGGUAGGUGGACAGGUAGGUAACAGCUACCUAGCCAUCACCGUUGUUGACUAAGGCGAUGAUGGUUCACCGCCUUUGUCCAAAGCGGUGAUUGCCUCCAAUUUUUCCUAUAAAAAGCCACGCCCCCUCUUCCCUCCUGCUGCCAAACACUCCUGCUGCCAAACAGAAAAUUAGUACCAAAAUUAUCGUUUUCGCAGCUGGUUCCUCCGUAGUUUACUGCUCAAGAAACUCGUCGGGAUUCGGUAUGUUAGAAUUAUGUAUUGUUUACAUUUUGAUUAUGUGCUAGAAUUAGGUAUGUUAGAAUUAUAUAUUUAGAUUAAUGAUAUAUGUUAGUUAGUUAGUACUGAAUUUAGAUUAAUUUGUUUAGUUAUCAUGAUAGAUCGGGAUUGAGUAUGUUAUAAGUAUGUAUUUUUUACAUGUUGAUGUGUUAGUAAUUAUACUGUUUGUAUUUAGUGAAUUGCGGUUAUUGGAAAAUAUGUUAUGAUAUUAUUUAGUUUAAUUAUGAUAUGAUAGAUGUUAGUUAGCUAGUUAUGAAUUUAGAUGAAUUUGUUUAGUUUUCUCAUAAUAGAUAAAUUAGUUGCAUUUUAUUAUCGCUUUGGAUGAUAUUGUUUUUGUAUCCAUAAUGUACUAAUUAUAUACUAUACUUAAUUAUUAUAAAUUGCAGACAUGGGUAAAUUUAAGAAGUUUCGGCUUAUUAUUUAUUGGAAUGGUCGGGUGACAAACUCGAACAUUGGGAUCGACUAUGAAGAUGGCGAAUCCAGUUCGCUUACAAUUGAGUCGAGAUUCUCGUGGCAAGAACUCCAUGACAGGUGUGCAGAAAGGACUUGUACGGGCGGGCAAAUGAGAGUUCGUCAAAUUACUUACCGGUAUCCCAACAUGAGUGCUGACGGAGUCAUGUACGAAAGAGUUGACAUAAAUGACGAUGACGACGCGAACAUGAUGACACAGUUCAUAUCUGAGAACGGGGUGCGGCUUGCAGAGGUGUAUGUCGAGACCGAGCCGGUCAGUGAAACUCAUUCUCACCAGUAUUCUUAUGAUGAUGGUUUUGCAGGAGGGUAUGGCUGGGGUGGUAGUUCAAGUAACUACGGAGCAGGUUCUUCUGCCGGAGGGUAUGGUUGGGGAGGUACUUCAAGCAACUACGGAGGAGGUAGUUCUGAAGGAGCUGUUGGGUGGGAAGAAUACCUGCCACAUGGUGGUGAGACUGCCGUCGAUAUCGUUCAGCCCGACGGUGAUCAAUGGCCUGCUUGGGGUCCAGAGUGGGGUGACAUUGAAAACACCCUUCGAACUGGGCGUACUUCGCAUGACCAAGAAGGCGAUGCUGGUUAUGCUGCUAAAGAUGACCCUCCUUCGCCGAGCUAUCCAUUCGCCUCCAGUGACGAUGAAAGUGAGGAAGAUUUGAGAUCAGUCAGUGAGGAGGAAGAUGCGGACGAUAACGACGAUAUCGAUGACAGUGAGGUGGCGUUCCGCCAGGCACCAACGCCUUACUACACAGAGGUUCCUGAUCAAUUUUUAUAUGGUCAGAACGAUGCCCCUGACUAUCGGCCCAUGCCUGUGUAUAAUCCGACUGCUAAUUUGGAAGUGGGUAUGGCGUUCACUUCAAAAGCCGAUGUGCAAGACGCUUUUAGCGAAGAAGCCAUGCGGCGUAAUUUCGAAUGGAAGGUAAAAUAUUCUGACAAGGGACAACUGCAUGUCAUUUGUAAGAAUGCUGGAGAGGGUUGUAUGUGGCAACUUCGUGCUGCAUAUAUGAAGAGAAAGGGGGUCUGGGUCAUGCGGACAGCAGAGAACAACCACAGUUGCUCCUCAACCAUACUUUCACAGGAUCACCGGCAACUGAAAGCAAAAAAAGUGGCAAGAACCAUUAAGCACCUUAUCGAGGCACAACCAGAUAUCAAGAUAAAAGCUAUCAUCGUCUGUUCUGGACAUUCAAGCCAUGCAUUGACGGGUUUCCCUUCUGCAUGCCAGUGAUUCAGGUAUAUUACGGACUCAAAAUAUUGUACUACUUCAUUACUUUACUAAUUUCAAUUUUUACUAACUCAGUAUUCAUUUUAACAGGUUGAUGGAACUUUCCUUACUGGGAAGUAUAAAGGAACUCUUCUUAUUGCCACUGGGGUUGAUGGAAAUUUAAGUAUUUUUCCCUUAGCAUUUGCAUUAGUUGAAGGGGAGAACAACCUAAGUUGGGCAUGGUUCUUUGACCAGCUACACGCCCACGUCACACAAAGAAUGGGUAUUACAAUUAUAUCGGAUCGACAUGCCGGGAUUAAACACGCCGUCCGUGG